AUGGCCGCAGGCGCCUGCAACCUGGCACGAACGCAUCGAUGGAUGGACGAUGGGCCUGCAAGCUGGGGCGCCGCCAGGAAGGCGGAGCCGCUGCAGAGCCAAGGUCAACGGUGGACUUCAUUCGACGGAGGAUGGUGGGAGACCCCAUCGGCCCGACGCCGCCGGCAGAGGGUGGCGGCGGCAGCUCGACGGGGCGAAGCUACUCCGCUUCCUCUGGAGGCACUGGGCUCCGCUGGCGCCGCUGGUGCUGCGGCGCCCCUUGCUCUGGCGCCCCCUCUCGCUGGCCGCCUGGCGCUGCCUCCGCGGCCGCCGCUGGGUGGCGCCGCCGCUUCGCCCGCCGGCGCUGCCGCCUCGCCGGCUGGCAACGCCUCCGCGGUCGCCGCCCGCGCUGCCGCCGCCGUUGCUGGCUCCGCCGCGGCGGUUGCGGCUGCGGCGGCUGCCGGCGCCGCUGCUGCGGCUGGCGCCCCCCUCCCCGCGGGCGCCGCCUGCGCCGCGGGCGCCGACGCGGCCACGGCCUCCGCCGUGGCCGCUGCCGCGGACGCCGAAGCGCGGGCCGCCGCGGCCGCCAGCGCCGCAGACGCCGCGUGCGCCGUGGCCGCGGCUGCUGGCGCCGCGGUCGCCGCCGGUGCCGCCGGCGCCGUGGCCGCCGCCGGCACCGCCUGCGCUGCGGCCGCGGCCGCCGCGGGCCUUUGGGAGGCCGUGGCGGCACUGGCCGGCGCCGCUGGUCUCGCCGCCGGGGCUGCCGGCAGCGGCGCCGUGGCCGCGGCGGCGGCUGCCGCGGCCGGCCGCGCGGCUACUGCGGCGCCAUCCGCGCCUGGGCCCUGGGGCGCGGGGGCAGCGCCCGCGGCCUGCGCCGCCGCGGCCGCCCCCACGGCCGCCGGCGGCGCGGCCGCUGCACAUGGUGCAGCUGCGGCGGCGGCCGCCGCCGCGGCCACCGGCGACCCCCGGACGGCUGAGGCAGGCGAGACUGGCGGGCCAGACGCGAACGAAAGGGACACGGGGACGGUCGCACAGGAGUCCGUGUCUCCCGUAGCAGGUGCCACCCAACUCCCGGUGGCUGGCGACGGCGUCCCAGCCCUGGUUGCGUUCCAGCGCUUCACGAGGUGGGCGCGGCAGCUGCAAUUCUCGGCGACGAUCGUGACCGGCACCUGCGAGGUGCUUCCUGUUCCCCUGCUCGUGACCGGCACCUGCGAGGUUGCAGCAUACCGCGCCUAUGAGCUGGCCGCGGCUGCAGCGCACCUCGGCGACCAUCGGCCGUUGCCCGCCAGGUCCCUGCCGUUCUCUGCCCCUGUCUUAGCCGACAUCGCGUACGGCGCUUGCACGGAGAGGUGCAACUCGGGCACGACCGCCAUUGGGCCCAGGAUGACGAAGCCCCUGCCGUUCAGGAUGACGCAGUCCAUGCCGAACUCGCCCCGCCUGGGGAGCAGCGCGGAAACUGGCACCUCUGAUACCACCUCCGCGGACGACAAGGAUUACAAAGACACGGGUUAUGACACCCCGGAUGAAUUCCUGGAUGAGUUCCAGUCGGAGAUCGGCCGGAGUUGGUCGGACAUGCGCAAUGCCCCGGGCGAGUUUUCGCCGCAUCCGUGUUCGCAUGCGCCCGACGCCAUGCCGAGCUAUAGCGUCACAGGCCCUUGCUCUUUGCAGGGCUGGAUUUUUCCCAGCACGCUGCAGUGCCACACGAACGGCGUCGGCAACGGCCCAGGCAUCCAUUUUCUCAGUGGGCCUCGGGAGGCUAAGCAGCCUACACAUGUGGGAAGGGAGAUGACGUUGAUGAUGCGGAACAUCCCGAAGAAGUUGACGCAGCAAGCGCUCCUAGAUGAGAUCAAUUCGAAGGGCUUCUCGGGCACGUACAAUUUCGUCUACCUCCCAAUGGACCAGGGCUCCAAGGGGAACCGAGGGUAUUCCUUCAUCAAUUUCACCGACCCUGCGUAUGCCGCGGCAUUCAAGUCCUGCUACGAAGGCCGCCAGCUCAGCCAGUACAGCUCCCGGAAGUUCAUUGCCAUUCUCCAGGCGGAGAUACAGGGUCUCGAGGCCAAUCGUGAGCACUUUUUUACGACACACGCUGCGCAGGAAGACUCUGGGCCGCAGACCCUGUUCCUUCGGCAGCCUCAUGCGACGCCCGCGAAGUCGUCAGAAGUGUCAGAGCAGUGCCGAGGUGUCCGUCUCAAGGGCGCAGCAGCGACGCCAGCGAAGUCCACCUUGAGUCGGAUCGCGUCAAAAUAUUGCGCGGCAUUGGUUUCGGGUGAGCAGGGCCAGGCGCCUCCUGCGAAGAAGAGGUCCGCCGUCAACUUUUGCCCGUACUGCGGGGGCGGCGCAGAAGAGAGCUUCAAGUUCUGCCAAUUUUGUGGAAAGUCCCUUUGCCUCUGA